CGCUGUCACCACACACUCUCUCUUGUCUUAAAACCGCAUCAACUUCUCUCAUCUUCCCUUCUGUUGUUUCUUGUUUCUCCACCCGCCUCGCCUCCUCUUUGCUUCGCGGCAUCUACCUCCGGCGAUCUCCCCACGGCCCACCACUUCCUCCAAGAUCGAGGGCAGCGGCGGCGACGAUGCGCUGCGGCGGCCAAGGGAGGCGGGCUCCGGUUACCCCGCGGAGGUUCGCGUGUCGCUGCUUUAGGUAGCAAGAUCUUCUUCUUCUUCUUCUUCUUCCCCUCCGGCGACUCGCGUGCGCCUGACCUGCUGCUCCGCGGAGGCGGCGGUCUUCCGGCAGCGGAGGAGAGAUGCCGUCUCUGCAGCUGCUGAAGCUGACCGAGCAUGGGCGGGGGCUCCUGGCGUCCAGGAGGAGAACCCUGGCUGUUGUUUCCGGGGCGCUGGUCGCUGGCGGGGCUUUAGCGUAUGCGCGGUCGGCCCGAGGCCGGAGGAGGAGAAGCGGUUCGGAAGGUGGUGAUGAUGGUGAUGCAUUGGCGAGGAAUGGGGGAAGGUUGGGUCAAAAUGGUGUGGAUGGUAGGUUGGCUGGGACGAAGCGGAGGAAGAGUGCUUUGAAAUCUUUGCAUUUCCUGGCUGCUAUCCUGCUCAAGAAGAUUGGCCCGAAUGGCACGCGCUACCUUCUUGGCUUGAUGUUAACAGCCGUGCUGCGUACUGCUGUGGGGCAUAGAUUAGCAAAAGUACAAGGCUACUUGUUUAAAGCAGCAUUUCUUCGGCGUGUUCCAACCUUUACGCGCCUAAUUAUAGAAAAUCUAAUCUUAUGCUUUCUCCAGUCAGCAGUAUACCAGACCUCAAAAUACUUAACAGGGUCUUUGAAUUUGCGCUUCAAGAAAAUUUUAACAGACCUCGUCCAUGCUGAUUAUUUUCAGAAUAUGGUUUACUACAAGAUCUCACACGUGGAUCAUCGAAUAUCAAACCCAGAGCAAAGGAUUGCGAGUGAUAUUCCAAAGUUCUGUUCUGAACUUAGUGAACUUGUACAGGAUGAUUUGGCUGCAGUUGCAGAAGGGUUGAUAUAUACCUGGCGUCUCUGUUCUUAUGCUAGUCCAAAAUACAUGAUUUGGAUUCUGGCAUAUAUACUAGUUGCUGGUGGAGCAAUUAGAAAUUUCACUCCUGCUUUUGGAAAACUGAAAUCCACAGAGCAGCACCUAGAAGGGGAGUAUCGUCAACUCCAUUCACGCUUAAGAACUCAUGCUGAGAGUGUGGCAUUUUAUGGUGGCGAGAACAGAGAAGCAUCUCAUAUUAUGCAGCGGUUCAAGGCACUUGUUAGGCACUUGAAUCAUGUAAUCCAUGAAAACUGGUGGUUUGGCAUGAUUCAAGAUUUCUUUCUGAAGUACUUUGGUGCCACUGUAGCAGUUGUCCUAAUUAUCGAACCGUUCUUCUCUGGCGACCUUAGACCCGAUUCAUCUACCCUAGGAAGGGCUGAUAUGUUGAGUAAUCUUCGAUACCACACAAGCGUCAUCAUAUCAUUGUUUCAGUCUCUCGGGACCCUCUCUAUCAGUACUAGGCGUUUAAACAUCCUGAGUGGCUAUGCAGACCGAAUUCGUGAGUUGCUAGAUGUUUCACGCGAGCUGUCUGGGGUUCGUGAUAGAUCGUUGAAUCACAAUUUUUCUGCUGGAAAUUAUAUCAGUGAAGCAAACCAUAUAGAAUUUUCAGGUGUUAAGGUGGUGACACCUGCUGGGAAUGUUUUGGUUGACGAUUUAACUCUCCGAGUAGAAACGGGUUCUAAUCUCUUGAUCACUGGUCCCAAUGGUAGUGGGAAAAGCUCCCUUUUCCGUGUCCUUGGGGGGCUAUGGCCACUGGUAUCUGGUCAUAUUGUCAAACCUGGUGUUGGUUCUGAUCUUAACAAGGAAAUCUUUUAUGUCCCACAAAGACCAUACACUGCUGUCGGCACACUUCGCGAACAGCUAAUCUAUCCUCUUACAGCUGAUCAGGAGAUUGAACCACUUAGCUAUGAUGGCAUGAUGGACCUUCUAAAGAAUGUUGACCUGGAAUACUUGCUACAACGUUAUCCUCUUGACAAAGAAGUCAACUGGGGUGAUGAGCUAUCUCUUGGUGAGCAACAAAGACUAGGAAUGGCCAGGCUGUUCUACCAUAAGCCAAAGUUUGCCAUUCUUGAUGAGUGUACUAGUGCUGUGACAAUUGAUAUGGAAGAACGUUUUUGCAAAAAGGUUCGAGCGAUGGGAACGUCAUGCAUAACAAUAUCUCAUCGCCCAGCUUUAGUUGCAUUUCAUAAUAUUGUCCUGUCCUUGGAUGGUGAAGGAGGAUGGGAUGUUCAGCACAGAAGGGAUGACUCAUCCUUUAGCACCGAAGAGUCUGACUUUACAUCACUGGAGACUGAUCGUAAAUCAGAUGCCCUAACUGUUCAAAGGGCUUUUAUGAACAAGUCAAAGAGCAAUGCUUCAUUAAGGGCCAAGGAACAUUCUUAUUCUACAAAGGUUAUAGCAACUUCCCCCAAAUUGGAAACAGAACAAACAGUGCGAACACCUCUAAUUCCACACUUACAAUGCUCCCCAAGGCCUCUACCUCUGCGAGCAGCUUCUAUGCUUAAAAUAUUGGUUCCUAAAUUACUUGACAAACAAGGAGGGCAGUUGCUUGCUGUCACUCUACUUAUUUUCUCCCGCACUGUGAUCUCGGAUCGUAUUGCCUCGUUGAAUGGGACAACUGUGAAGUUUGUCUUGGAGCAGGACAAAGCUGCUUUUAUUCGUCUGGUUGGUGUUAGCGUGCUGCAAAGUGCUGCAAAUUCUUUUGUCGCGCCAUCUUUGAGAACCCUUACCGCAAGACUUGCCCUUGGAUGGCGAAUUCGCAUGACCAACCAUUUGCUUCAAUAUUAUUUGAGAAGAAAUGCAUUCUACAAGGUAUUCAAUAUGUCAGGUAAAAGUAUUGAUGCAGACCAAAGAUUGACACUUGAUGUGGAUAAGUUGAGCACUGACCUUGCUGGCUUGGUUACUGGAAUGGUAAAACCACUAGUCGACAUUCUUUGGUUUACGUGGAGAAUGAAGCUUUUGUCGGGACGAAGAGGAGUUGGUAUAUUGUAUGCUUACAUGUUACUAGGUUUGGGCUUUCUGAGAGCUGUAUCCCCUGACUUUGGUCAUCUUGCAAGUCAACAACAAGAACUUGAAGGAACAUUCAGGUUCAUGCACUCGAGGUUGCGGACACACGCUGAAUCAAUUGCUUUCUUUGGUGGUGGUUCAAGAGAAAAAGCUAUGGUUGAAGCUAAAUUCAUGAAAUUGCUUAACCACUCAAAGGUUAUGUUAAGAAAACAAUGGCUUUAUGGUAUUGUUGACGAUUUUGUGACAAAGCAACUCCCACACAAUGUGACAUGGGGUCUGAGUUUGUUAUAUGCUCUGGAGCACAAGGGAGACAGAGCUUUGACUUCAACACAAGGAGAGUUGGCACAUGCUCUGCGGUUCUUGGCAUCUGUGGUGUCACAAAGCUUCAUAGCCUUUGGCGACAUUCUUGAGUUACAUAAGAAAUUCCUUGAACUUUCUGGUGGGGUUAACCGGAUCUUUGAGCUUGAGGAGAUUCUACGUGCAGCUCAAAGGGAUACUGUGGUGCCUUCCAGUGCCAUUAGUUCAGCAUCAGAAGAAAUUAUUUCAUUCCAUGAAGUGGAUAUUGUGACACCAACGCAGAAGCUAUUGGCUAACAAGCUGUCAUGCAAUGUGGUACAAGGGAAAAGCCUUCUCCUGACUGGCCCCAAUGGUACCGGGAAGAGUUCUGUUUUUAGGGUGCUCAGAAAUUUAUGGCCCGUCUUUUCUGGGAGAGUUAACAAGCCUUCUGAAGGGGUGUUCCAUGUUCCUCAGAGUCCAUAUACCAGCUUGGGUACUCUGAGGGAUCAGAUCAUAUACCCUCUAUCAAGGGAGGAAGCAGAGAUAAAGAUUCUUUCGUUACAUAAGGCUGGCAACAUGUCUAGUGCUCCUGAGUUGCUAGAUGAUCACCUGAAGACGGUUCUUGUGAAUGUCCGGUUGGUCUAUCUUCUAGAGAGAGAAGGUUGGGACUCUACCCCAAACUGGGAGGAUGUUUUGUCUCUCGGAGAACAGCAGAGGCUUGGGAUGGCUCGUUUGUUCUUCCACCAUCCUAAAUUUGGCAUCCUCGACGAGUGCACAAAUGCCACGAGUGUUGAUGUUGAAGAGCAUUUGUACAGGCUAGCAACUAGCAUGGGCAUAACUGUGAUCACUUCAUCACAAAGGCCUGCUCUGAUACCCUUCCAUUCAGUGGAGCUAAAGCUCAUCGACGGCGAGGGAAACUGGGAGCUCUGCGAGAUCCAACAUUGAUUGACACCACCGGUUAAAGAUAUCUUGGCUCGCCGUCAUCUGCGUGAUAAUAGGAGAUGCUACCGCUGCAAUCUGUUCAUACCAGCUGGUCGCCCUCACGAUAGCAUCUGGAAGCUGAAGCAGCCUGUACAAUUAAUUACAAAGCAGCUCGAAAACAAGAAAGAAGAAGAAUUCUUGUCGCGAAUUCAAUAGAGAACUUGGCAAUCUUAGUCUAGUCAUACGUGAUUUAUUAGCAGGAUUGAAUUUGAAUGGUCAGGGGGGUGGUUGUAAAACUGGCUAGGAUUCAGAGGUGUUCUGGAGGUGUGGAUAAGGUAGACUAAAGUAGAGAAUGAUGCAGCAGUACAUAUCUCAAAGUAGUUGUUAAUUAAUUCAUCCAACCUAUUAUUGAUUUGAUUCCAUACUUAGUGCAGUAUAUUCUUAACAAUGGAAUAAUUUGGGGAGCGGAUUUAUGCA